GUCAAACAUCAGAUAAUUUUGCUUGCAAAGUGUGUUUUGUACUGCGCUGGGCUGCGAUUAUUUCCAAACUAAUUGAAAAGUGUUAAAAAUAGUGUUAAAAUCUGCUGAAAAUAUUUUCACGAGGUGUAGUUUGCCCUUGUAAAUCUAGCUGUGAACGUAAUAAUGAUGACUGAUUGCUGAAAUUCGCUGUGAAGCUAGAAGCAGCACACAAAGAAAAAAAAUGUUCCGCAGCAGAAGCUGGUUCGGAGGGGGCUGGAACCGUCCGAAGAAUCGCCUCUCGCUGGACCACCUCAAGUAUCUGUACAGUGUGCUGGAGCGCAACACGACCGUGUCGGAGAACAACCGCGGCCUGCUGGUCGAGAGCCUCCGGUCCAUCGCGGAAAUACUGAUCUGGGGCGACCAGAAUGACUCUUCCGUGUUUGACUUCUUUCGAAAGAACAUGCUGUCCUACUUCCUGCACAUAAUGCGCCAGAAAAGUGGCGGAUCGAGCUUUGUCUGCGUCCAGCUGCUGCAGACGCUCAACAUUUUGUUUGAGAACAUUCGAAACGAAACGUCCCUCUAUUACCUCCUCAGUAACAACCUGGUCAACUCGAUUAUCGUCCAUAAAUUUGACUUUUCUGACGAAGAUGUGAUGGGAUAUUAUAUUCUGUUUUUGAAGACACUCAGUCUGAAGCUGAACACGCACACGAUACACUUUUUCUACAAUGAACACACGAACGACUUCCCGCUCUAUACGGAGGCCAUCAAGUUCUUUAACCAUCCAGAGUCGAUGGUUCGGAUCGCGGUUCGCACGAUCACGCUGAAUGUGUACAAAGUUCAGAACCCGAACAUGCUCCAGUUUAUACGGGACAAGACGGCCGCGCCGUACUUUAGCAACCUGGUCUGGUUCAUCGGGAAGCACAUUUUGGAACUGGACGCUUGCGUUCGUAACGAUACUGACCAUCAAUCGCAGCACCGUUUGGCGAACCUCGUAGCGGAGCAUCUCGACCACCUGCACUACCUGAACGAUAUCCUCUGUCUGGAUAUUCCCGACCUGAACGCGGUCCUGACCGAGCAUUUACUCCACAAACUGUUCGUCCCCCUGUACAUAUUCUCCCUCACCCCUUCGCCACCCAUCUCGAUGGCCGUCGUGACCCGGAACCUGGCCGCCGUCCUCAACAAGGUCGUCGACAUCGACAUCAAAGAGAUGAACAACCCGCGCGUGUCCAGCGUGGUAGCUCUGUUUCUCCUGUCGCUCGUGUUCCUCGUAAUCGCCCAUCGACCCCUGAUCAACGCCCUCACGUGGGUCAUUCUCAACGCGGAUCACACCGUCUUCAAGGAGGGAGCCGCCCAAGUUCUGAACGCGUACAUCGACAACCGCGAGGUGGUCGCGCUCGGCUUCGUCCAACCCGUCGAAAGUCUCGAGGAAGCACUGGAAAGCUCCGCGGCAUCAUCCAGCUCGUACAACUACGACCAAUCCGUGGACGAAGGCAACAGCAGCAGCAGCACGUCCACCAACAACGAACCGCCAGUGUCGGAAUCACCCAGCCCUCCGACCCUGUCGGACGAGAUCGAAAAGGUCAACAUCACCGACGAAGAGAAGGAGAAGCUGCUGCUGAACGCGUACCGCACGCCCGAAACCAACCGGCCCUUCCUGGACAUGGUCCUCUCGUCGCUGGACUGCACCGAGAACGACUAUCUGGCCCUGCUCGCGCUCUGCCUGCUGUACGCGUUGGCAAACAACAAAGAUGGAGUCAACGCCGAGUGGUUGGAAAUCGUGCUGAGCCGAUCGUCGCCCACCGGAAGCUCCAAGUACAACGUCAUACUGAUCGAAAAGCUGCUGCAGGUCAUCGCGCUCUCCAGUCAGCCGUCAUGCCGCGUUCGGCUGGUCACGAUGGAGCUGACGCUAAAGCUGCUCUCGCAGAUCUUCGGCGUCGGCACGACCAACGUGAGCAUCUGCGACCUGCACCGCAACCUGCUGUUUUCCGCGCGCAACCAAAGCAUGACGGUUCUGCGCAACUUUUACAAAUCCGAGGACAUCUUUCUGGAUCUGUUCGAAGAUGAGUACAACGAAAUGGUCAAGAGCUCGCUGAACGUGGAGUUCCUGUGCAACGAUUCGACGAUCCUGCUGCCGCCGACCGGGACGCCCCUCACCGGGAUCAGCUUCCCGCGGAGGUUACCGUGCGGCGAGGUGGAAAAGGCACGCCGGGCAAUUCGGGUGUUUUUCAUGUUGCGCCGGAUGUGCCAAAGCUUGACUGGCGAACGGGAGCUGCUGCUGCCGCUGACGAACCCCAGCCAGUGUGUGCAAAUUGAUAAUGCGUUGGAUUUGAACAACAGCGAUCUUAUAGCGUGCACCGUGGUCAUGCGAGACGGCGCCAAAUUCCGGCGCUUUCUCGUGAUGGACAUUCUCCAGCUAAUCCUAGUCGAACCGGACAGUAAACGGCUGGGAUGGGGCGUGGCAAAGUUUGUUGGCUUCCUGCAGGACGUCGAAGUCAACGGCGAUAAGGAAGACUCGCGCAGUCUCCACUUGACGAUUCACCGCGGAGGAGCCACCAACAACCGCACACCCAUUCUGUCCGCCAAGUUCAUGUUCGACGACCACAUCCGUUGCAUGGCGGCCAAGCAGCGACUCACCAAGGGCCGUAGCAAGGCACGUCAGAAGAAGAUGUUCCAGAUUGCGCAGCUGUUGGAAAUUCCCGGCCAGCUCAGCGAUGCAACGUUUCCCUCCCUCGGGAACGCCCACGAUUCGAGAACGGCCUCGAUUCUGCGUCCCAACAGCGGGCGGCAGCCACGAGAACAUCGGCCACUGUUUUCCACCGCGAACCGCGUUCCAGGAGUGGCCGCCGCAUUGCGACGCGAAAGCAUGCCUUCGGGAAGUGUCAGCCGGGUGCAGAUCAACUCCAGUCGCUCGAUCGAUGGCGACGCAACCGGAGCCCGGCGGAAAAGCUCCAACCCAUCAGCUCGCAGAGAAAGCAGCCAACCGAUUGCCGUCGGAGCGGUGAAAUCACGCGAGGCUUCUCGGAACCGCUCCGGAACUCCAAGUCCACGCGUCCCGCGCCCCCGCUCCGAAGAAAUCCCCCUCGAAGACUUUCGCCGCUCGCAGAACGCAAGUCCAAGCUCUCGGAACUCUUCCAACGCACCCUCCCGCUCCCACACACCCUCUCGGCUCAGUCUGGAAACGACCGGCGGAGGUUCCGGAACGCCCGGUUACAGCGGGACGCCCAUCGGUGGCGGCGGCGGCAUGAUGACGAUCGUUCCCGUGAAGGAAUCGUCCGUUCCGACGGUGGUCGCACUCGGCAGCAGUCCGGCCACGGUUACCGUACCGGUCGAGUUGAGUCCCACCAACUCGGAGGAAACUUCGUUCAUCGCGGGUGAAGAGCGCCAGAAGAAGCGGGGCGCGAUCGAAACUGUCUGAAAUGUGCAUCCCGCUCCCCCCAUCCGAAUCCAUCAGGUUCGUUUCAAUGUUGUAGGUCAAUUGUUUUGUUUUACGUUCAGGUCAGGACUCAUUGAAAAUUUUAUCGCUGUAGAUGUAGAUCAGUUAAAUUUAUUUAGUGGAAUAAAUUAUUGUGGACGGUGUA